AUGGAGGAAAAUUUAUCAUUCAUAAUUGAGUGCUUGAAAGAGCGCAAUUAUCCCCAAAUACACGAAAUGGAGGAGUGCAAAAUUUGUGACAUUUUCUCCACCCCCAACAGAUCGUUUCUCGUGUCGUGGAUUCUGCAACAAAUCAAUGUUCGUUUUGCUGAGAUUUGUGCGAACGCAGAUAAAGAAAAAUUAGCAGAAAUAAUCUACUGUCACGGAUUUUGUGAUGAUGCUAAGGAAAGCCUUCAAUUCAUGAACGGCGAGUGUGACCUCAGCAAACAAUUUUUCAUCAUGAGCAAAAUGUUUAAAGCUUUAGAAACUGUUCCCGAAACCAUAACUUCCGAUGUCAACAACUACGAUGAUUUGAUGAACUUUGAUUCGAAUUUGUUCCCAACUUACGGAUCAAAACAAACCCUAACUCUCAGUCAACGUGCCGCCAAAAUUCAAGAAUAUCGCAAGGAAAUCGCUGAUCUAAAGGCAAUUCUCAACUCACGAAACCAAAAUCAAAGCCUUUCAAUUGAUUCGAAUUUGAAGCAGCAACUGGAAGAUUCGACUCAACAACUCGAAGACAAUUUUCUCGAAUUUAAGAGCAAUGUUCAACGUUUGUUGGUAAACCACAAGGAACCGAAUGAAAUUAAUUUUCCAGAAGAUGCCUCGGAAGUAAUUGAAUCGUGCUGUAAAAAUUCCGAGCGGCUCCUUAAGUUUAUGAAGAGUUUGAACACUAUUGUCAGUUUUAAGAGAGAAAAUUUGGAAAAUGUUGAAAAAAAGAGAAAUGGAAAUUAUGAAAUGUUAAAAGAGCUCGCAGAAUUGUGUAGGGAAAUCAAAAGCUUGAAAUAAAAUAUUUUGUACUUUGUAUUUUUCUAAUAAGUUUUGUGAUUAUUACGAAACUGUCUUGUCCUUAAAAAAUAAUAACAUUUACAAGUA